AUGGUCCACGCUGCUACAUUCCGUGCGAGCGUGCUCCUCGCCGUGUGCGCUUGCACCUCGGUGAUGGCAGCUAGCUCGUCGUCGAGCUCGACGCCCCUCAUUUCCACCAAGACUGCCGGCACGGAUGUGUACACCGCCCCCUCGGCCUUCCCGACGUCCGAGUUCCCCUCGAUGGACUUUAUGCCCAAGAGCCAGGAAGCCGAGCCCCGCCCUGUUAUUACGCGCAUCGAGGGUGGCCAUUUUGACGACUCGCUCGUGAACCCCACGCAGCUUCCCGAGUCGAACGCCAAGAGCGAGGGUGUGCUUCCCAAACCCUCACCGAGCGCCGCUGCCAAGGUCGGCAACAAGAACAAGUUCCGCAAGAUGGCCAUCGCGCAGAUCUCGGAGCUCUUCGACACGAACAACACGGCCAAGACCACCUGCGACAAGUGUCGCAAGGCCCUGCAGGCCGCUCAGAAGGUCGCGUGGGCCGCGCCUUCGAUGGUCCCUGAGCUGAUGAUUGAGAUGUGCAAGAAGUACAACUACACCACCACCCCCACCGCUGCCCAGGGCUGUGAGGACAUGCUUUCCCGCGGCUCGCUGGGCGGUGUCUACACCCAGGCGCUGAGCUACGCCAACUUCUCGGACGGUUCGCCCUCGCUCGACUACCUGUGUGCCACGUACAUCAGCGGCAAGUCGUGUGACGUGCCCAAGAUGGAGGUGCUCUCGAAGGACUUCCUCUCGAGCUGGUUCAAGGGCAAGCCCACCGCCCCGGAGGAGGUGAAGAAGCGCUCGAAGAAGACUGGUAAGAAGCAGGACAAGCCCCUGCGCACCCUGCAUGUUUCCGACUUCCACGUCGACCCCCGCUACAUGGUCGGUGCCGAGGCCAAGUGCACCAGUGGCCAGUGCUGCCGUGCGAACUCGUUCAACAGCACCAUCUGGAAGAAGACCGACUUCAAGCAGGGCUCUCUGCCCAAGGAGAACAUCUCGCAGCCCGCCAACUACUGGGGUGAGUUCACCUGUGACCCCCCGUGGUCGCUCAUUGCCUCGGGUAUGCAGGGCAUCAGCGGUCUCGUGAAGAAGGACGGUCCGCUGGACCUCGGUAUCUUUACCGGUGACCUGACGACCCACGACGAGGACAACCACAUCUCGGUUGACCUGGUCAAGUACGCCGAGCAGUCGCUCUACGACAUGUUCCACCGCCACAUGGGCAACGCUACGAUGGUUGUUGCGCUCGGCAACCACGACUCGUCGCCCGCGGACUUUGCUGCGCCCAGCAACCUGCCCGACGGUCGUGCCGAUCAGUUCUCGUGGAACUACGAGAAUGUCGCUUCGCUCGUCAAGUCCGAGGGUUGGGGUAACAACUCGGUCGCCAAGAAGAUCCGCUCGCACUACGGUGGUUACUCGGUGAGCCCCCGCCACGGUCUCCGCAUCAUUGCCCUGAACUCCGACUUCUGGUACAAGGGCAACACCUUUAGCUACCUCAACCUGAACAAGCCCGACCCCAGUGGCAUGCUUCGCUGGUUCACCGACGAGCUUCAAGAGGCGGAGAACAGCAACGAGCGUGCGUGGGUCGUUGCCCACGUGCCCACCGGCUGGGACGGCGGCAACUCGCUCGACGCCCCCACCAACCUGUUCUACCACAUUGUCUCGCGCUACACGCAUACCAUUGCCCAGAUCUUCUUCGGUCACACGCACGAGGACCAGUUCCACCUCUUCUACGAGAUGUCGAACGGUAACGCGACCUCGGCCUCGCGCAAGACCGAAGACGCGACGGCCCACGCCUUCCUUGGCCCCUCGCUCACCCCCCUGAGCAAGGUGCAGCCGUCGCUGCGUAUCUACGAUGUGGACCCUGAGACUUACGAGGUGAUGGACUACAGCCAGUACUUCACCCCCAUUAGCGAGUUCAAGAACCUGAAGGAGGCCGGCCCCGUCUGGCACCUGCUCUACAAGGCCCGUGAGACCUACUCCAACUUCACUGCCUCGCAGAAGGCUGGCACCUACGCCGCGCCCGUCAAGCUGAACAACGGCGUGUGGCCCAAGAGCGCCUCUCUCAAUGCUAGCUUCUGGGCCGCGCUCACUGACGAGAUGGAGCAGCGCCCCGAGCUGGUCGAGCUCCACCAGAUCUACCAGGGCCGCAACAGCCCCAAGUCGUGGGCCUGCACCACCGAUGACUGCCACAAGGCCAAGGUGUGCUACAUGCGCUCUGGCUCUUCUUCGCUCGGUCGCGCCUGCCCCAAGGGCUACGGCUCGGUCCAGGGCAGCCACUAG